AAGGGGUUUCCCAGAGUGCACUCUGACUGUACACAUUGCUGCAACAAAGCGAUUUGUUUUUGUUUUUGUUUUCUUAAAAGCCUUUCAUGCUUUUGACGCGAGAACGCUCCAGUAUAAUGGGGCAUUUUUAAAAUAAACGAGCAUUUCCUUUGCCAGUGCAGGCUGGAGCUUGUGCGGCUCAGACAUCCCUCUGGCUCUCGGCGUGGAGGUGCGGCGCCUCUCCGCUUGCGCUGCAGCCGCUGUUUCUGCAGGGGGGAACCAUUCGUCCAUCCACAGCGCGCUGCCGCUGUGUGUGUGCUGCGAUGUGCGGCGGCCGCCUUGCUGUCAGUCUACCCCGUUUGCUCCCUUUAUCUGGUUCGACUGCCGUCAGACCGCCGUGGAACGGAUCCGUCGUCGCAGCGGAGCGCAAUGUGCAGCAGAGAGGUGACACUUCUUGGAGCGCGUCUUAACUGAGGUUUCAUUCAGGAUGCGGUCCCUGAGAAAGACAGUUCUGCUCGCCAUCCUGGUGUCUGUGGUGCUGGUACUGGCUCUCCUUCACUCAUGGCCCACUCGUGCCUACAACACGGUGGACGUGUGGCAGCGGCUGGGGCCGACAGUGGAGAGGCACCCGGAGGAGAGGCUGCCAGAACUGGACCAUCAGUCAAGCAGCAUCCCCUUUCAUAUCAGGAAAAGUAUAGCAGGCUUGUUGGCACGUAAUGGGUGCAUUUGUGAGGGUGAGAAUCCAGGAGUGAACCUGCCCUUUGCACAGCUGCUGUUUCCGCGGGUGUCAGCUCACUCUCUGCACACGGCCUUUGACGCCUCUGAGCUGGAGGAAAUGAAAAUGAGACGAGCUAAAGAGUACAGAGGCUUCCAGCUGAGAUCCAAGACUGCUGCAGACACGAUCAUCAUCGCCGAGGCCAACAAUCCCCUGCAGUAUCCAACACAGGGGCUGGAAGUGCGGCCCCUGAAAACAAUCAUCAUCCCAGGCCUGGCCUUACACGACCGUCACAGAGACCAUUACACAAUAAACAUCAAUGCCACGCUAGGAACACUAAACGUAGCAGCAGAAGUGGAGGGAGUGAAAAUAAAAGGUGAUGGAGGGAUGCAUAUGAGUCUGUCCAGCAGUUUGCUGCUGAACUUGAACCGACAGCUGCAGUUUGUCACCUACACAAACACAAAAUAUCAUCCCAACACUGCAGACACAGUGGAGUUUGAGACAGAAGGUCAUCAAGCUUCCUUCAGCAUCAAGAUCCGUCACGGAGUAACUCCAAAACUUUAUGACACUGGACCUCAGGAAGAGUACAACGUCAGUGCGCUCAUUACUGUAGCGACAAAGACCUUCCUGCGUUAUGAAAAGCUUCAAAACCUUAUUGACAGUAUCAGAAAAUACUAUCCCACAGUCACGAUAGUGAUUGCUGAUGAUAGCGAGAACCCAAAAACCAUUUCUGGGCCUUACAUCGAGCAGUACAUCAUGCCUUUUGGGAAGGGUUGGUUUGCUGGACGAAACCUGGCUGUUUCCCAGGUCACAACCAAAUACGUGCUUUGGGUGGACGAUGACUUCUUCUUCACUGCUAAUACGAAGCUGGAGAAGCUUGUGGACGUUUUAGAGAGGACCACUCUGGAUCUGGUUGGGGGUGCAGUGCGAGAAGCUACAGGGUACACAGCUACUUACCGACAAACCAUCUCCAUCGAGCCAGGAGAGGAAGAAGGAGACUGUUUGCACAUGAGAAGAGGAUUUCACCACAUAAUUGAAGGAUUUCCUAACUGUGUUGUGACGGACGGGGUCAUUAACUUCUUCUUAGCUCGCACGGAUAAAGUCCAGCAGGUCGGCUUUGACCCCCGCCUCGCCAGGGUAGCUCACCUGGAGUUUUUCAUUGACGGCCUUGGAUCUCUCCACGUUGGUUCCUGUGACGACGUCAUCAUCAAUCACGCAACCAAAAUCAAACUACCGUGGGUCACGCAGUCAGAAAGCGACAAGACAUAUGCCAAGUUUCGCUACCCGCCAGCUUCCUCUGACGCCACGCGUACAAAAAACGGCCUCCUGUACUUCAAAAACCGGUUUCAGUGUUUGACUCGUAACUAGUACUCACGUCCCUCCUGGUCUCUCUGAAGGUCUGUCUGUUCUUCCCGAGUCUCCAAAGACAUUUUCCUCCACCCUGCACUGACAGAUAAAACUUGUGGCAGCUUGGUUUUUCUGCCUUUGGGGCAGUUCUGUAAAAAACCUCAACAGAGGGUCGAUGGGAUUUGUUUUGGAAAAACCUCGACAGUCUUCUUUUUCACAUUGUUUUCCUGUGAAAUAUGUGUUUUCUUGCUCCGGAAACCAAUCAUGACACCGACGGAGUGAGAACAAGAACUCCUUACUGGUGUGAGACACUUCCCAGUCGGAGAUACUCCUGAAUUUUCCAGUGCCACAUGAAGAAUAUUCAGACUCAAAGGUCUGGCUGCAGACGUUGGAGUGUUUCAGUUAUUUUUUGUCACCUUUUUUCUACCUCUGCACCUACAGUCCUCCCUCAAAGCCCCAUUUGAGGGAGAGAAACUUCUUAACCUGUCCAUCUGGAGCGACGGCAAAUCGGGGAGCAGCUUUGGUUGUUUGUUUGCACCCAGGGAAAUGAAAGGAAAAAUGCAUCUUGAAAUGCUGCCCAGAAAGGAAACAUGGAUGAACCAAAGUGCAUGUUAAUAUCACUCAAUAAAAUCAAUGACUAAUGAAAAACAAGCAGAUAGAAUAACUAAUUGAGUUCUUGAAGCAUAGUUGGACUAGUCAGAGUCAGAAGAAAGCUGUGAGCAACAAAAACAGGGACGAUGUUUCUAUUCCGCUUAGGUACCAAAAGUCAAAGAAUGUGUGGUGCAAAGUUACUAUACUUAACUAAAAUGAACAAAAUAACAAAAACAGAAAUAGAGAAAACAUUUUUGUUUUCCGAAAUAAUAAGUAACAGAAACUAAACUGACUAACUCAGUUUAGAUCAUAGAUCUAAUGUCCCUGGUUUUGUGUUCCUGAAUUUUUAUAUAUUUUCAUUUAUUACCCGUUCCAACUGAUGUGAAUUUUGUUUUUUUUUUAACCCCUCACACAAGCAUCUCACCUCUGAUGUCAGCAAAUUGCAGCAGUCCAGACUCAUCCAUGCCGGCACUUAACCCACAGAUAGCUGGAACUGUGGGUUCCAGCUAUCUGUAAUUGAGUAAUUUUUUUCAAAAUGGCAUGUUCUGUUGAGUAUUCAUUAUCCAAUCGAUGUAUAAAUAAUCAACCAUUUGAGCUCUUUGAAUUCUGCACCUCAAAACUAACCAAAGUACAAAAAACUAAUAGAAGCUGAACAGACACUAAGCAAUAGUUGACUGUUGUUUAUAAACUAAGCAAUAUACCAUUAAAAAUCACUGAAAUUAACAGAAGUAGACAGACAAAAAGUCCCAACAAAAUAAAGCUAUAAUAUACUUAAAAACAAUUUAAUAAUGUAAUAACAAUGUAAUAAGCCUGGCGUGGUUGAAAUGAUGAUGCUGUAAUUUCUAUCAUGGCCUCUAGGUGGCUCUCUUGAAUCAUUGCACUGAUUUCUUGACGCAUAGAAUAUGCCAUUUGUAAAAACAUUUUUUAAAACUAAUUCUUGAAUAUUUUUAACUAUUUGGGAUAUUUUUCUGUCUUAUGUCAUUUAUUUGUUCCUUGUUGGCAAACUUGUUAUUUCUGAUGACACAAAGUUUAUAACACUAACAAUAUAAGACUUCUGCACAGUCCUGUUUUGUUGCAUUUUAGAGUUUGUGACAUAAUUUGCCCACAGAUUUGAUCUUUUGCAAAGCUGCAUUUGUUGUCUUCACACAAAUGUAUUGUUUUAUUUCCUUUAAACUGUCCCACUCAUCCCUCUCAAAAAUCAAAACAAAACAAAAAAAAUCACAGGACGACUGAAGUGGAAAGUUUCCUUUCACAGCAUUAUGAGCCAUUUUUAUUUCAAAUGAUAUUAAAUGUCAAUAGAAAAAAUGUGUUUUAUAUAUUUUUGAUUGAUUUUAAGGUCUGGAGGUGUACACCAUGUUACAGCAACCUUUGUAAUCCUGCUAAGGAUUUCCACAAGAGCGUUAAAAUAAAUGGUGGUUAGGGAGGUCAUGUAACUGUGUGCGCUAGAUUUAUCACAUGGAGGCUUGGAAAUAUUUUAAAAUUCCCUUUCUGGUGUCAAGAUAAACCUGGAUUGUCAUCCAGCUUGGUUUGUUAUGGUUGCUUCCGAUCAAGAACCUGCAACCUUUACAGUCCAAAGAGUCAUUUCUGCCCUUAGUCCAGUGAAAUAAAACUGGUUAAGAGCUGAAAAUAUUUUAAAAUGAUCAUGUUUUAAAAAUAUAUUUCUAUUACAUGA